AUUGUGUGACGUCACGUGGCGCCAAGUUAAAAUUUAUGAUCAAUAAAACGCCCAUGAACUUGAUGUUGAUGAAGUGCUCUCUCUGUUUUCUUUUUGAAUCACAAUAUCAAAAUUUUUUACUAAUUUAGACAAAGCAUAAACAGUUUCGGACAGUUACAUGGACACUUACAUCAAGGAGCUUACGCAAGGCAGCUUUUUUAACAAUUUUUGAACAAAUCUUGAAGCCAAUUGUUGCAGCUGUGUAACCAGAUAUGAGAAAUUUAUAAUAUUACACGAAAUUUUGUACUUUUCUUCAUAGGAGUUUAGCUACAAAAAUGUUUAUUAUAUGUACUAAUUUCUGUAUAAAUUUUAUUUGUAAAAAAUGCAUCUCAAAAAAUGGUUCAGAGUAGGCGACAUCUAAUGGAAAGUUUAAGAAUGCUGAUUUUGUUUUGACAGUGGAGGUGUGUCAUUGCUAUAACCUCAAUUUUAACAUGUGUUAUUUAUUUCUGUAAAUAUCUCCAGUAAUGGCAAAAUUGGGUGCUUAUUAUGGUUUGUGCCCCCUAAUAGAUCACCGAAGUCUGUUAGGGAUAUCUGAAGACGAAGAAAAUGGAGUUGUGAUUGUGACUUUGGGUAAAAACAUAGCCAUCAAAUUUAAGCUUUCAGAUCAAAAACAACUAUGUAGUUGGAGAACAAAAGAUAAAUUUAGUUCUCCAAUAAUUUACGAUAAGCAACAGUCACAAUAUGUAGCAGCUUUUAAUGAUAGUUUUGUUCGACAGUGGAAUGGCAAUGAAGAAUUUUUGGAUAAGUUAAAAAAAUUAAAGUUUAACCAACAAAUUCACACAAUUUUUAAAUGUAAUGACGAAUGUUUUAUUGUUUUUAAAAGUGGUGCAAUUUAUCCAUUGCAAAAAGCUAUAGAAAAUAGAAAGGAUCUUGUGCCUACUAAAGUUAUUGAAUCAGAAUCGUGCUAUAUAGUUGAUGUGUUAUACACGAGUUUUAAUGAAAGCACAUAUGUUGGUUUAAUAGUUAAAUCAGAUGAAAUCCAUGCUUUACAUUGGACAAGAUUUGAUGGUUUAAAUGAACAAAAUAAAUUUUAUAAAGUUUCUCUUCAAAAGGACAACGAAUUGGUUGGAUACGCUUUUCACGUGCAUCAAGCUUCAGUGAAUUUUUUUUCUGUGUGGAGUGAUAGCCGCAUUUAUUCCACUGAAUUAAAAGAAGACACGCUAGAUUUUGGCGAAUUGUUCACAGCUAUUGAGUCCGUUUCUUGUAAGAACUACGUCUCUAUGAUCAGUUUAGAUCAAAACUACAUAGCCAUGUAUGGAUGUAAUUCAGAUGAAGAAGGAGCACUGCUUGUUAUCUACAACGUUCAGUUUAAAGUAGUGCAAACAAGACAGUUAUUUAAGUUAUUUACAAAUGGAGCCAAAAUUUGGUGCGUCAAUGGAAAUUUGUUGUUUCCUGUGGGACAAAAUCUUGCUGUUGUUCCAUUUAAUUUAGAUAUGGAACAAUUGGCAGCUCUCGUUGGUAGUCAUAAAGUUAUUGAAGAAAACUUUGAUCCUGAUAUUGCAAUUGUACACAAAGUGCAAUGUGUAAGUUGGGGAAAAGAUGUAAAUGACAAAGAGGACGAUAUGCCAGAUUUAAUACAAACAAAACUUCAAGAGUAUAUGUCUCAAGGAUUGAGUAAAAGUAUCAUUUUUGAUACUCUUCUUCAAGAGUGUAUGGAAGAUAAAAAUACUGAGGUACUUAAACAAGCAAUUAAGUAUUUUGAUGACAUCCCUGAAAGUGCAUUAGUCAAGGUACUUAAAUUAAUUUUAAACUUAAAACCUGAAUCUUUUAAGAAAAAUACAAUGAGUUCUGUCAAAAGUUUUCCACACAAAUUACAACCGGAAGAGAGGUCUGAAAUCUUAGAUAUGAUACUUUGCAGACCUUUCAAUGAAACUUUAAUUUUUUUUGAGCUGCGCUCCAGUUUGAAUAUAGAUGACGUUAUACUUUUAUUAGAAUAUAUUUACUUUUUGUUCUCUGAAGAUGGUCACCCUUUACCAUUGCUUACUUACCUAGAAACAGAAGCAAAAUUGAUUGGGUGGAUGUGUAUUUUGCUAGAUGCUAAUUAUCAAAGACUUUUGUUAACUAAGGACGAAAAAGUGAAUGAAAUUUUGACGUCUUUUAAGGAUCAUAUUAAAGAAGAACUAAAUUGCUCAGAUGAUUUACAACACAGUGCUUCAUUACUACGCGAACUGAAAAAGGGCAAACCUCUCAGUAAAACAAAACACAUGGCUGGGUUAGGCUACUCCAUUGAAGAAUUUCCUUUGUAUUAAAAUAUAAAUAAAUAUUUUAUUAAAAA